CAGGUUCCUCCCACAACCCGGUCAAGAUGAUCAUGGACGGCGGCGAGCUGGCGGCGGCGCCUAGUCUAGCCGACACGCACUUCAGCCUGCUGGGCUUCGACAGCUACAAGGAGCCGUUCUCGCCAUCGCUCAGUCCGAGCCAGCUGAGCGGCCCGGACCCCGAGAGUCUGAACACGCCGGCCGCGGCCGGCUCCGACAUCCCGUCCUUCUUCAGCAGCUUCCCGACCAUCACAGCAGCCGACGUCAGCGCGUCUGUGGCCGGCAGUCCGGCGGCGAGCUGCUCGAGCGCCGAGGAGCGGCCCGACGGCAGCAGCCCCUCGCCAGCGCCCUCGCACGCCUCCUCCACGCGCCCGGCGACGGCCGGCUCUGUUAGCCCGCACAGCGGCAUGUUCCCCUCGCACCAGCCGCCGCAGAGCGGCGCACACGGCGCCGACCCGCAGCGACUCAGCUACCGCGCCACGUUCGCCUCGGCGCCGGGCGGCGAGCAGCCGACGCAGCAGCCGGCGGCGCCCGGCGCGCCGCCGGCGGCGCUCGGCUCGUGGCUCUUCACGCCGCUUUUCUCGCUGUUCGGCCAGCCGACAGCAGAGCAGCAGGCCAACCAGCAGGCGCUGUUCCAGCAGCAGCAGCAACAGCACCAGCAGCAGCAGCAGCAGCUGCUCAGCCAACAGCAGCAGCAGCAGUUCGACCUAUGCGGCCGCGAGGCGUUCGCCGCCCCGGCCGGCUCCGACAUGUUGUUCGACCCGAGCGGCAGCUACGCGCUCAAGCCGUCGCCGGGCUUCGGCAGCUGCGGUGCGGCCGUGACGUCAGCGGCAGUGACGUCAUCGAUGCAGGCGCCGCAGCAGUGGCCGGCGCCGGCGUUCGGCGCCGGCUUGGAGUACGGCUUGGCGGCGGGCGGCGGCGCAGCCGGCCCCUCAGGCGUGCCGACGGUCGUGCCCAAGCAGGAGCCGUUCAGUGGCGAGCCGGCAGCGCAGCUGGCCGAGUACAGCCCCUCCACCAGCAAGGGGCACGAGAUCCUCUCGCACGUGUACCAGCAGCUGCCACUGCCGCUCAAGCUGCUGCCCGUCAAGCAGCGCAAGUACCCGAACCGGCCGAGCAAGACGCCCGUGCACGAGCGGCCGUACGCGUGCCCGGUGGAGGCGUGCGACCGGCGCUUCUCGCGCUCCGACGAGCUGACGCGCCACAUUCGCAUCCACACCGGUCAGAAGCCAUUCCAGUGUCGCAUCUGCAUGCGCUCGUUUUCGCGCUCCGACCACCUGACGACGCACAUUCGGACGCACACCGGCGAGAAGCCCUUCUCCUGCGAGGUGUGCGGCCGCAAGUUCGCCCGCUCUGACGAGAAGAAGCGGCACGCCAAGGUGCACACCAAGCAGAAGCUCAAGAAGGAGCCGCGCGCCGGCGGCGGUGGCGCGGCCGGCGGCGGCGCGCGCGGCCCGCUGUCGCACACGAUGACGUCACAGGACCCGGCCGUCAGUCGGUCGCCGUUGUGAGGCGCCCGCCGCGGCGGCCCACGGCGGUUGCCGCCGAAAUGCUAGUCCGACAUCUGCGUCGUUUUGUGAUAUUUGACGGCGGCGUUCGCUCGUGGCGCGCGCAAACCUGGCAGUACAAAGGGCCGGUGGAGGACCACGGAGGUCAUACUAUGACGUCAGCUUUAACUCGAGCCCGCCGGCGCCGGGCCGGGCGGCGAAUCUCAGCCCAUGUCCCACCUGUCCACAGGGUUCGUUUGUUCCAGGCAUUCAAAGAGGCGCGCGGGCGCCGGGCCCUUGCGCCAUUUUGCACAUUUCCGCCACAGGGGCGCAGCUAGCGACGCGCCGGGGCAGGUUAAACUUUGAGCCGUUUGGGAACAGGUCACAGGUUGCGUGCGCGUAAAACGAAAGUGGAGCGGCCAAUCGGGGGAAUGUCUGCGCGGGCUGAAACGGUGGCUAACGCUCGGGUCGGUGCCUGACCUGGCUGCGCCCCUGUCUCCGGAACCUGGUGGCUCUCGAUGCGGUAUCACCGCCGAUUCCAAACGCCGGUCAUCAUAUAUAACUCGUUGUUCAUGCGCACGUCAUGAUUGUUGGUGUACCUUGUUACUGUUCUUAUAUAAAUGCUUUUUGCUUCUCUGUGACCUGACGUGGCGCGAGCCGGCUCUGAGAGCGCUGAGUACGGUGGCGACGGACGCUUGUGCCGGAAUAUCGAGGGACGGUAUAUGCGGUAUGACUAUGUAGAAAUAACCCAGACGGGGAGAAAUGUCAUCGUAUUGAGGUGUAACCACGUAACACCACCAGUAUUGACAUCGCUGACAAGGUGGAAUCAUGUUUAGUUCAUAGUAAUUUAUUUUUGCUGCUAUGUCUUGAUGUGCUGUAAAAUAUGUUACAUGACUAAUACAUUUUAAUGACUA